GGUUGAGUGAAUGGGAUUUUCCAUCAUUCCUAUUCCGUUAUGAAAAGGCAAACAAAGAGAAAAACAACAGAAUGGUGUGACUCACCAACACAACAACAGCCACCAUCAUCACCGGAGAAGAAACAACAACGAACAAGUAUACAAGACGCUAUUCUUCCCUUCAACUCUGAUAUACCUCCACCACCACCUUCAUCUCCUCCUCCUCCUCCUCCUCCUCCUUCUUCUCCACCACCACCACCACCACCACCACCACCAACUUCAGAAGAAGAAACAGCUUUAUUGGAAGCCAUGGGUUUACCU